CAGAGUUCUGCAUAUUUCUUUAUUGUUUCCAUCAAAUUAAUUAUAAUUGUAAUUUUAAUUAACCUAAAUUAGAUGAUUAUAACAUUGAUUUUACUUUUAAGUAAAAUAGACCCUGCUUGCAUUUUAAUACAUAUUUUGUUUUUUCUUGCAAAAGAAUGCUUCUUUUUAAUCCUUAAUCAUUCAUCUUUGAGACAUAAUGUACAUAAUAAUUUUAUGUAGUGUAGAUCAAAAUUGAUUAUAGGUAUACUAUUGAGGUCAAGUGUAUUAUUUAGUUAGCUGUGUAAUGAAGUGUAUAUUCAAGUUAAAUUAUGUAGCACAAGAGAUAUUAACUGUGGUCAAUUCAGAUUGGCAAUACAGUGGAGUUGAUUGAAAUUGUUUGUAAAUAAUGACAAUUAUUAUACUUUAUUACCUUAAGCUUUACAGCUCAUCGGUGUAAACAAGAAAUAACAAGUUAUAAUUGCAAUAAAACAUGUGGACAGAGAAUGUUAAUUAUUUUUGUAAAAUACUGUCCCUAAUUUUAAAAACCAGGAUAAUAAAUUUUCCCAAAAAAGUCAACUGCUUAACAUUUUGUAGAGUAAACAACUGUAUCAGUUUAAAUACGCUUGGUCUAUACCAGUAGUAUUGUUUUAUAAACUUUGCCCGCAAGUCUCUAUAUGCCGAACACACAAGACUAAAGUGGAACUCGUCCUCAAUACAUUGACCACAUACUUUGCAUAAACGAUCCAUUACAGGUACAUUUAGAAAACGACCAGUCUCAAUAUUUAAUUAAUGUGAAGAUAGUCUUAUUUUUGUAAUAGCCUUCCGGUAUAGAGGAGGAAUAAAUGUAGUCAAGUAAUAUUGUAAAUCUAGGUUUGUGAUUAUAUUUCUGUAAAUAACACACUUGCUACUGUUUUCCAGCAAGGAAUAUAAUUGUUGUGAUUUUAUAUCUAUUAGACGCUGUUUUGUUAGUGAAAAAGCGUUUUCAAAUGUCAGUUCAGUCUUGCGUAGCCACAAUUCACCUAGUCCCAUGUUGUGUAAUUCAUCCUUAAUCGACCUGCGACUGAUAUUUGCACAAGAAGCUCUAAGAUCCUCCUAGACACCUUUCAGAAUACAGUUAUUUGUGUUCAAAAAUUUGAGCCAAUAUUUAAAAAUCUGCAGUUUACGUUUCACUAUUAAGGGAAUACGUCCCAGCUCAAAAUACACCAUAGCAGAAUUGGUUGAUUGCUUCACUCCGAGUUAUCUUUUACAAAAUAUAAAUGGACUUUUUCGAUUUCAUCUGCUUCUGAAAAUCCCCAGAUUUCACAGGCAUAAGUUAAAACACUACCAACGUAAAUACCAAAAAGUGACAACAAAGUAUGUACGUUCAGAUAACAGUUUCUGCAAUCAGAAAGCAGUGCAAACAUCGGUUUUUUUUCCUCGUUCAGCAUGUAUCUUUUGUGCAUUUGUAAAUUUUCCGUUGAAGUUUAAAAUAAAUCCUAGAUAACAAAACUUGUCCACUAUUUCUAUGCUUUUGCCGUUGUAAAACCAUUUUUCGUCUUCUCUAAUAUUACCCCCGUUUCGGAAUAUAACUAUUUUUGUCUUAUCAAUAUUUACAGUUAAAUCGAAAUUUGUUGUGUUCUAAAGAAUCAAACAUAGAUUGUAGACGUUCCGGUGACUCCGCAAAUAACACCAUAUCGUCCGCAUACAUUAAUAAUUCUAAUGCAAUCUUUAUGUAACACGCUUUCUCAUUGGCUCUUGUCAAGCGUACAAUGACAAUGUACCCGUCGGAGCCGCUUCACAAAAUUCCUUGCGUAUGAAUCUUGUGACAUAAAUACUUCGCACAACAAUAACAAUGGCUACGUCAGAUGACGAUUUUCACAUGUCAGAUCUGGAUGACCUGGAUCUUUUGGGACCGUUAAUGCCAAAUUUUGACUUGGAAGCAGAUAUACUGGAAGGUUUAGAGUCAACUGAUUUAAAUGUUUCCAAAGAAAAUAAUAGGGAAGUGUCAGACUCUGAUCAACAACCUACGGCAGUGCCAGAGGAAUUUACAGCAGACGACGUAAACACAAGUGGUGUUUUUGGUGAUGAUACAACUGAUGGAGUUGCUUUGGAACUAGUGAAUGAACCAGAAAAAGACCAAGACUUAAUUGAAAUGAUGGAGGUUGUUGAAGGUAUAACAACAGAAGAAAACAAAGAAAAGCCAACUGGGAGGUUCCCGAAACUAUCAGCUGAUGACAAAGAAAAUAUACUUGAUGAGGCGCUUAGUAAAUCAACCAAGAAAAACACAAAAUAUGGAGUGAAGAUAUUUAGGCAGUGGUUAACUGAUAGAGAGAAAGAUGCAACCUUUGAAAAUUAUACAGUUGAACAAUUGAAUUGUGCCUUGACUGAAUUCUAUGCUGAGGUCCGUAAUACAGACGGAGAAUAUUAUGCCAAGAGUACUUUAGUUGGUAUCCGGGCAUCUAUUAAUAGACACCUUAGGGCACCAUCUUUUAGUAAGACAUAUUCCAUCCUGUCUGAUGAUUCUGCCUUCCUUAAAUCAAAUAAAAUGUUUUUGGCCAUGAUAAAGAAGGUUCAGAGGGAAGGAAUGGACAGGACCAAGCAUCACCCAUCCAUUUCUGAAGGUGAUUUGCAUAAACUGAGGUCAUCAGAUGCCUUAUCAACUCAAAACCCUAAGACUCUUCAAAGAAAAAUCUGGUUUGACCUAGUUUUAAGUUUUGGAAGGAGGGGCCGGGAAAACCAAAGGUUUUUCACUGAUUAAACCUUUGUUGUUAAAUCAGAUGAUUGUGGUUGUCGUUUUGUAGAAAUGGCAGUGAGUGAGACAACAAAAAAUCAUAAAGGGGGAUUAGAUGACAAUCAAAACAUUAUAAAACCUAGGAUGUACGAAACAAAAAAGCCUGACUGUCCUGUUGCUGCCUUGACAAAAUAUCUAUCCAAGAGGAACCCUACAUCAAGUAUAUUCUUUCAACAACCUCGAGUAAAAGUAAAUGACGAGGACGAGAUGUGGUAUACCUCAAGGCCUGUUGGGGAAAGACUUUUGAACAACAUGAUGGUCGACAUAUCAAAAAGUGCUGGACUAAGUCAGAUUUACCCCAACCAUUGUGUCAGGGCAACAACUGUGACUGUUUUGGCACAAUCAGGUGUACCAAAGACAGAUAUAAUGAAAAUAACAGGACACAAGUCAGAGGCCAGUUUGGAAUCCUAUUAUCAGGACUCCUCCGAGAAACAGAAGAGGCAGUAUUCUGCCAUUCUACUUGGCAAUUCCGAAAAUUGCAGUGAUAAAUCGGGCUCAACCGCACCAGUGCAAAUUUGUACACAGCCCAAUGCAAUGCCGUUGCCGCCAAACCCAGCCCCUUCCUUCAACGCGCACUGUUUGAAUUUGACCAACACACAUAUUAACAAUCAACUG